UUUGUUUGUUUGCUUGCUUAUUUACAGGGGCUUAUACCUGCAAUAGAGACACUAUUCCCUACCGUGGAGCAUAGAUACUGUGUGAAACACAUCUACAACAAUUUCAAAGUUGAUCACAAGGGAUUGGAGCUGAAGGAUGCAUUGUGGAGGUGUGCUGUUGCCACAACAGUAAGGGAGUUUGAGAGAUGCAUGCAGUACAUAAGGGAUUUGGAUGAAAAGGCAUAUGAGUAUCUUGCAAACAUUGCACCUGCACAGUGGACAAGGUCACACUUCACUCAUAGGGCCUUAACAGAUUGUUUGGUAAAUAAUUUGAGUGAGUCUUUUAAUGCAAUGAUAUUGAAGUCUAGGGACAAGCCUAUCUUGGCAAUGUUGGAGUGGAUUAGGGUUAGACUUAUGACUAGGCUUUACACAAAAAGGGAAGGGAUACAGAAGUAUGCUGGAAAGUUGUGUCCAAGCAUACAAGAUAGGUUGGAGAAAUUGAAGGUUGAAAGUAAGGCAUUUAGUGCUACCCCAGCUGGUAGUUUCCUUUAUGAGGUAGGCAGUCAGUAUGAGAGGCAUGUAGUUGAUUUGGUGAAGAAGACAUGUAGCUGUAGGUCUUGGGAUUUAAAUGGCAUUCCCUGCAAACAUGCCAUAACAGCCAUUUAUACAAACAUUGAGACACCAGAAGACUAUACCCACCCAUGCUACUUCAAAGAAACUUACAUGGAGAUAUACAAGGAGGUACUUCCUCCCAUGCCUGGCCAGUCAGAAUGGGCUGAGACUGGACAGCCUGCUCCCCUGGCACCUCACAUAUACAAACCACCAGGCAGACCACCCAAGCAAAGAAAGAGGGCUUCUGAUGAGCCUAGGAACCCUUACAAAGCAAGUAGACAGAAUAGACCUGUAAGAUGUGGGAAAUGCAAAAAGGAAGGGCAUAACUCAAGAGGGUGCAAGGCUGGCAUCACUGGGGAGACACCAUGGCAGAGGAGACAGAGACUUCAAAGAGAAAAAGCUGCAAGGGAAGGGGUGCCUGCACCUAGAUCUGCACCUCAGCCUGCACCUCAGCCACCAUCCCAGCAGCCUACACAGACCUACAACAUGAUGUCUGCCACUCAGCCUUCAUCCUCACAGCAAGGAAAUCAACCUAGGCCAUCUCACAAGAGAGCAGGAUGGUUCUCUUCCUCGCAACCAGAGUUUCACACACCUAGGGAGACCUGGGAUACCUUACCAAGUUCUUCACAGCCUUCACAUGCAAGUGGGAGCACUGGUGGUGUGAGGACUAGAGGACAGCUUGCUGCACAAAGGCCACCAAAAAUGAAUCCAGUGGGUGGAAAGAGGAAAGAGUAAAGGCAAGAAAUGAAUGAAGCUAGUGGGUACGCAUGCCAGCAUUGGAAGUAAACCUAGUGGGAACAUGUGGGCCUUUUUGGUUUUUUUUUUUUUGUGAAGACCACUGUUGGCCUUUUGUAAUUAUCAAUUAGUGUAAAAAACAGUCACUGCUGGCCUUGGAAUGUGCUUUUUUGUAAUUACUAAUUAGUGUAAAAAACAAUCACUGCUGGCCUUGGAAUGUGCUUUUUUGUAAUUAAGG